UUACCGUGGGAAUAUUUCUAUUCAAUGCCGUCUUUAUCCGCUUGCCUGACCCGUUACUUUCCGUUUUGCUUCCACUGUUUCACAUACUCGCUCUUCCCCCCGGUUUCUUUCUUUCUUUCUUCUCAUUCGACUUUCAUUUUUUGCUUUCUUUUUCCGUCUUUCUCUCUCAUAUUCUCAUCGUUUCUUUCUAUUCUUCCUCAUCGCCCCAUAAGUCAGCUCGUUCGUCAUCUCUACUUCGUCUAUUUCCACGUAGCUUACUCUGUCAUUCCAAUAUCUCUUUCUUUCUCUCCUUCGAAAUGUGCCUCCGCCUCCGCCUCUUCCCCUUCUGCUUUGUACCUUACCGUCUCUCUCCUGUGCUUGCCUCCCAUCUCUAUCUCUUCCUCUUCGUACUCGAACCCGAUUCGUCGUUUCAUCUUCGGCGUGCGUUGUGGGUCCUUGUCGCUCGCAACACUCUUGUUCUUCGCAGUGUUCUGAAAUAAUGUUAAUUUGUGUGUUUAUUUGUUCAUUGCUCGUGGCUUACCGUAGUGUGGUCGCAAUAUCAUUUUCAUCCUUAUGUGGUCUCCUCAGCACUUCACAAAUACGAUGGAGCAUCGUGCUUCCACUAUGUCGCCUAUCCUGAACAUAUGUGGCCUCGGUUGGCUGGUAUUGUUUAUUAUGGAGCGCGACACUUCACCGCGCGAUUUGUAGAUGCAGAGAACCAAGUAUGGUUUAACGACGGCAUUGUAUUAGGUAGACAUUCGCUACAUG